AUCUGUGCCUGGUACGUCACACGAAAACCGCGGGAAAUAAAAAUGGACGAGAAGCUGAAGAAGAGGUUAUUAACAACUUUUAAACUCCACGGUUUCUCCUUAAGAAGUGAGGCAUGCAACCUGCUGGUUACCCAGCUCUUGCCAGUUGAAACAGAGUAUGAUGAAUGGCUUGAGAAAUUGACAGAACAUAUUCAGAAGCAAUCGCUUGUAAGCCCGGUACUGGAGAAGCAGCACAUUGAAUUAGCAAUUCGGGAUUGUAUUAGAAAUGGCUUGGAUGAAACUGAGACAGUUUUAAACAUUAUCAGUGCAUUUGAAGUUCCUCGUUUUGAAUACAAUUCAGAGAGAAAAAAAUUUUUGAAAGUAAAUAUUGGCAAUGGCCAUGUAGACCUGCCACAUCUUUUUGACUUGCCAUCAGCAAAAGCCAGCCUCUUCAGGGACAGGUAUACUAUUCUCCAUCAGCGUACUCUGCGACACGAACUGUUCGCUCCGGCCAUACUGGGUGCAAAUUCAGAUGAUGCUAGCUGCAAAUUUAAGCUGCAACCCAUAGAGUUUCUUCUGGGUUCCUCAGGAAAAGUGAAAGAAGCAAUUGUUCUUGGCCUCCUUACACAGUUGCGUGAGGGACGUUAUUAUCUUGAAGACCCUACAGGAAUUCUGCAGUUGGAUCUGUCAGAAGCAAGAUAUCACACAGGCCUUCACACUGAAAAUUGUUUUGUAUUGGCUGAAGGAUGUUACGAAGAUAGAAUAUUUCAUGUUUCUGGUGUGGGGUUCCCACCACCAGAGCCUGCAGAUACUAGUCGAGCAUAUUUUGGAAAUGUGAACACUUUUGGAGGACCUUCAAAAGUUAGUCUCAAAACCUCUCCAAAACUGUCAAGAUAUGAACUUGAGAAUGAUGAUGCAGUGCUGGUGUUUUUGUCUGACAUGUGGUUGGACAGCAUUAAGGUAAUGGAAAAGCUCCAAGUGCUCUUUGCAGGUUAUGCAGAUUAUCCACCAGUGGCUUUUGUCUUUAUGGGCAAUUUCCUGUCAUCACAACAAGGCAGCUCACAUGCAACUACCCUCAAAACAAGGUUUAAGGCCCUGGGUGACCUCAUUGCUCAGUUUCCAGAAUUGAGUGAGAAAAGCAAAUUCAUAUUUGUGCCAGGGCCUUCUGACCCAGCAUCCCCUAAUAUAUUACCAAGGAUGCCUUUACCAAAAAUAAUCACAGAAGAUUUUCAACGAAAAAUCCCAUCUUCCAUCUUUACCUCCAAUCCUUGUCGCAUUCAAUACUGCACGCAAGAGAUUGUAGUCAUAAGGGAAGAUCUUGUUUCAAAGAUGUGUCGUAACACAAUCCACUUUCCCACUUCAGGAGAAAUUCCAGAACAUUUUGCGAAGACAAUCUUAUGCCAAGCUCAUCUGGCGCCAUUGCCGCUGUCUGUCUGUCCAGUAUACUGGUCAUUUGACAGAGCACUGCAUCUCUAUCCUCUUCCCGAUCUCGUGGUCACAGCAGACCAAAGCAAUGCAUUUACCACCACUUACAUGGACUGCCAAGUCAUGAAUCCCGGCUCCUUCCCAAAGAAUGAAUUUUCUUUUAAAAUUUACAUUCCUGCUGCAAGGAGAAUAGAAGACAGCCAAAUCCCAAAUGACUAACAAAGAUCUUACUCUCUGUGAUCAUUACAUUGUUAUUCAAAAGUAGUGUCUGUGAAGUCUGCAGAAAUUUGUUUUCCAGGUAUAAUACGAUAUUUUACUGUCUAUUUCACUUUACAUUGUGAGGCAUAUGAAGGCAGUUCAUCAAGCAUAAAACAAUGUAAAAAAACAGCUGAAGGAACUGUAUUUUCUGGACUAUGAGAUGCCUGGACUUAGAGGGAAACAUUUAAAAUAAGACCUGCUAAUACUUUCAGACUAUAAGAUGCAUGCAAAUUUUAGCAAUACAGUAUAUCAUAUUCUGGAAAGUAAGGCAUUUGUUUUGUGUAAAAGUUAAGUUAUCCCUGUGCUUGAUUAAUCACCACACCAUGAAGAUGUAUGGGGGAAUGGAGGUAUAGCUCCACCAUUCCUGAACUCAGCAUUAGAUGAAGGUCAGUUGUCAGCUUCAAACCACAGGCGCUUUACCCCAGGUACCCAUUGGAUAGGAGGCUGGUUGAACCCCACAGUAGGUCUGGAUGCUGUGAAGAAGACAUUUUUUUUUCUCUGCCAGGAAUCAAACCUUGGCCAUCCAAACCAUAGCCCAUUGCUAUACCAUCUGAGCUAUUAUCACACAAAGCAGUUCACUGUUAUUUUUUGUGUCUCUCUGAAAACAAAGGAAGGCACAUUGUUAUGUUCUUCAAUGCCUAUUGAACUAACAAGACAGUUUCUCUACAUUUUAUAUCAAAGGCAUUAUAUCAGAAUAUAAACUGUAUACACAAAUCUGACUAUAAUUUCCACACAAUAUCUUGGGUUCAGUAAACCUUUUCUACUGACUGGUAUCAAAUUUUUUAUGUGCAUUCAAAUUACAGUGUCUCCUGAUCUCUGUUGUAUGAAUUUGUGAACUGAUAUGGAUGAUGCUUCUGUUAAGGUUUACUGCAGGACUGGUCUCCCAUAAAAUGGCAGCACUAUGCAUGCCACACCAGACAGUACUGUUGAAAUAAUGAAGUGGCUUCUUUCCAAUUGAAAGAGCAUCAUGUUAUUAGGACAUAUCUGCAUCUCAUCAGCAAGUCCCUCCAGUACUCAGUGAAAUAUACUGCUGUUAUGAAUGUGAAAAAUGUGUGGUAUAAAUCUGAGGAAGGAUGAGAAUGAGACACGAUGGAUAACAUAGAAACAGUUCAGAAUUACUGGGUUUACUUUUUUCCAUCAUCUGGUACUCUAAAAACUACAAAACACAACGUUUUGGAAACUGGAUCUGUUUCUGUCCUCAGGUGAGAGGGGAAGACACCUACUAUAUUGGGUCCCUCAGUUGUUUUGAAAGCAAACUUGGCUACGAUUAGGCCAGAUUAUAAAGUACACAUGAAUGACAAUGGACAAACUAAUGAUGCUGAUCAACAUACCUGUGGGACUUCUGCAUACCUUUUUGUACAAAGAUUACAAAAUGUGCAAGGGUGCAGGUAGAUAGGUCCCCAGGAACAGAAAGAUGCACCUUUCAACAUAUGUUGGGCAGUGAUUAUAUACAGUGCUCCAAUGAAUUAUGCUUUCAUUUGGACAGUUAUCACCAUGGAUGAGAGGUGGAUCCCCCUAUUCAGUAUGGCGACAAGGUGCCAAAAGCAUGCCGAUUUGCUUAUAACAAAAAUGAUUACUGUUUUCUGCGAUGCUGAUGCUACCAUGCUUACUGUUUCUAAGGGCACUGUUAAUGGGAAAGCUACCUAGCAAUACUACAGGAGAAGCUCCAGGAAUGUCAAUAUCUUAUGAAACAGUAUGUUCAUUUUUAUCACAGUGCCCUUCCCUUAUUCCAGUCAUUCACUGUCACUGCAUCUCAGACCAAGUAACGUCUGCUUUAUUUGUAGUCUCCUCCUUAUUAACGUCAAUUAAAGUAUGUGUCUUUCUCUUUAUGGUCUCUAUAUUAUCAUCCAGUAGAUUCACAUCAUCAGCAUAAACCAACAGCUGAUGUGUCCCAUUUAAUUUCAGUCCCACC